CUCUGGGGAGGGCUCGAAAAAGAAUCUGCAGUAACUAGGAAAGCGCAAUUUUAUUAUAAGAAGCCAUUCAAUAAGCGAAUGCUUCAUCCUGCCGGGACCUUGUAGAACAUCUGUACUAUUAAUAAACUCGUCUAAUCUGAGUUCGUUUUAACGGGAAUUUACUUUAUAUUUUAUUUUUUUGUUUCAAUAACUAUAUAUUACAGCAAGAUGGCAACUCAGCCAAAAAGAGUUUGCACAAGCUCUCUUAAUGACAGUUUUGAGAAACGAGUCAAGAAAAUCGCCAUAGAGGGAAAUAUAGCUGCUGGCAAGUCCACGUUUGUGCGAUUGCUGGAGAAACUUAAUGAGGAGUGGGAAGUUGUUCCUGAACCGAUAGCAAAGUGGUGCAACGUUCAAACUGAUCAUGAUGAAUUUGAGGAACUGACAACAUCGCAAAAGAGUGGCGGAAAUCUUCUCCAGAUGAUGUAUGAGAAAACAGAGCGAUGGGCCUUUACAUUUCAGACCUACGCCUGUAUGAGCAGAGUGCGCGCACAACUCAAGUCACUUAAUGGAAAACUGCAAGAGGCUGAAAACCCAGUCCAGUUUUUUGAGAGAUCUGUUUACAGUGAUAGAUACAUAUUUGCCUCCAAUUUAUAUGAAUCAGACUCCAUGAAUGAAACUGAAUGGGCUGUAUACGAGGACUGGCACGGAUGGCUACACAGUCAGUUUGGCAAUAAGAUUAAACUAGAUGGAAUUAUUUAUCUCAGAGCAUCUCCUGAGAAAUGCAUGGAAAGACUUUACACACGAGGCAGAGAGGAAGAACAAAACAUUCCCCUGGAGUACCUGGAAAAGCUCCAUUUCAAACAUGAGAGCUGGCUUCAACAUAAAACAAUGCGCAUGGAAUUUGAGUACUUGAAUGACACUCCAAUAUUGACUUUGGAUGCAAAUGAAGACUUUAAAGGAGACGAGAUAAAAUGUGCUGAUAUGAUUGAAAAGGUGAAUGAGUUCCUGAGCACGUUAUAACAGGCAGAGAUGAACACAGGUACACCUCGAAUGGAUUGGACCAAUUGAAGGAAUUAGUGUACACAAGCAAUAAAUGUUUUACAGGUCAGAAAUAAUAUAAGAAAUGCUUUAAUGACAAUGUAACUUUCAAUCAACUUAAGAACUAUUGACUUGUAUUACAUAAUCCACUGAAAGCUGGAAUAACUACAUAAGCAGUGAUAUAUUUUUCAAGUUUAUAUAUUUAAAAAUGUGAAGGAAAAGUUUUUUUUUUUUUUUUUUUU